AUGAAGCUCGUCAACGUCGGUACCGCGUGUGCCCUUCUUUUCGCUGGCCCUGCGGUAGCCCAUUACAAGUUCCCGGCCCUGAUCCUCAACGGAGCAGCCACGCCGGACUUCAAAUAUGUCCGCUUCAACACGAACAACAUUAACCCGUUGCUCGACCUGAACUCCAUCGACCUGCGCUGCAACGAAGGCGGCCUUGCGUCCGGACCUCAGACAGAGACCGCUACUGUUCAGGCGGGUGACACGGUCGGGUUCACCUUGAGCAACUCCAUCGGCCACAUCGGGCCCAUGCUUGUCUACAUGGCCAAGGCACCAGGCGACCCUUCCAACUUUGACGGCGCCGGCAACGUCUGGUUCAAAAUCAACGAGUGGGGUGCUGACUUCUCCUCCGGGUCGAUCAGCUGGCCUCAGCUUGGAAUAACAAGCUACAGCUUCCAGCUCCCGCCCUCGCUGCCCAACGGCUCGUAUCUGCUCCGAAUCGAGCAUAUUGGCGUCCACAACGCCGCCAACGCCAACAGCGCCCAGUUCUUCGUCAACUGCGCGCAGAUCCAUGUCACUGGCGGUGGCUCGGGGACUCCAGGCCCGCUGGUUUCAAUUCCCGGUCUGUAUAACGCCGAGGACCCGGGCAUUCAUUUCAACAAUUACUUUCCCCCUCCUAAGGAUUACAUCAUUCCCGGACCUCCGGUUUGGUUUGAGUAG